CUUAACCCUCAUAUUGCUCACAUUGUUCUGUCAUUCUGUUUACAUAGCCACCCUACAGAAAAGAGACAUCAAAGUCGUAAUACCCUUCAAAUUGUUAUCUUGGUAGUUUUUGUUUUUCUUCUGGGCAAUCUUUCUUCAAGCAUGGAUAGAAAACUAAAACUUAUGUUAUCUCUCACAAUUUUCAUGUCAAUGGUUCUGUAUUCAUCUGCUCAAACAUGUUCAAGAUAUACCUUCUCUAGCAACCAAAUGUUUAGUGCAUGUAAUGAUCUUCCUUAUUUGGAUGCAUUUCUGUAUUGGAAUUAUAACUCAUCAUCAAGCAAACUUCAGAUUGCAUACAGGCAUACAGGAGUAUUAAGCUCUGACAGAUGGGUUGCUUGGGCUAUAAAUCCAAGUUCAACUGGAAUGGUGGGUUCACAAGCACUUGUUGCAUACCAACAGUCUGAUGGAACAAUGAAAGCUUACACUUCCCCUGUCAACGGCUACCAGACAGCUUUGCAAGAAGGGAAACUUAGCUUUGAUGUUUCUGAUUUAUCAGCUACAUAUGGAAAUAAUGAAAUGAUCAUUUUUGCUACCUUAGAUAUUUCAAACAUUGGUAAAACUAGUAUAAAUCAGGUUUGGCAAGAGGGUCCACUUUCUGGUGACUCUCCUCAGAUGCAUUCGACUUCUGGGCCUAAUGUUCAAUCCAUGGGAACUGUUGACCUUCUUUCUGGAACAGUUGGUGCAAGUGGUAGAAAUGACAAAACCAAAAAAAGAAAUAUUCAUGGAGUGCUAAAUGCGGUCAGUUGGGGAAUCAUGAUGCCCCUUGGUGCUUUGACAGCAAGGUAUUUGAAGGUGUUCAAGUCUGCAGACCCAGCAUGGUUUUACCUACAUGUUAGUUGCCAAUCCACGGCCUACAUUGUUGGUGUUGCUGGAUGGGCUACGGGUCUCAAACUUGGCAGCGAGUCUUCUGGUGUACAAUAUGAUGCCCACAGAACCAUUGGAAUCAUCCUUUUCUGCCUUGGAACCCUUCAGGUGUUUGCUUUGCUUCUAAGGCCAAAACCAGAUCACAAGUACAGAUUCUACUGGAACAUCUACCACCACACAGUUGGAUACACUGUUAUUGUCCUUAGCAUCAUCAACAUAUUCAAAGGUUUUGACAUCCUGAACCCUGCAAAGAAGUGGAAGAAUGCAUACAUUGGUGUCAUUGCAGCUUUGGCCUUAAAUGCUGCAUGGUUGGAAGGUUAUACAUGGUACAUAGUGGUGAAAAGGAGAAGAUCAGAGAGUGAUGGAAAGAUGACUCAGGGCAUCAAUGGAGUUAAUGGUUACAGUGCUAGGCAACAUCAAGGAGUAUAAGAUGAGCUUUAUGUUAUAAAAUAUGUGGGUUUUGGAGGUAUGCUUUGGCUUUUGUGCAUAUUGUGCAUAUACAUGACCACCAUUUGGAAUACUUCAUGUACUGUGGGAGUUUAGGAUUAGGAGUGAUUCUUUUGUAGGUAGUUUCUGGACUGUAUUUCUAAUUCCCAUUUUGAGCUUUUAUGUAUCUGUUCUUAUAUAUUUAUACAUUGGUGUUGAUUACCUUAUUGAA